CUUCUUUCUUUCUUUCUUUCUUUCCUGUCUGGCGUUCUAUCUGAUGAGUCGAUGAGAUAAAAGUAAAGAUUAGUUUCCUCUGAGCUUCAUUAUCAUCUAAAAUCCCCUCCUAUUAAAGAUUCUCUCCUUAACCUAAUUUUCAAGAUGUUUUUAGGGUUUUGAGCUUGGUUUCCGUAUUUCCUUCUUUAUUAUUUCAUAUUCUAAACCCUGGACUCAAUAACCAUGGCCGUUCCCAAUAUCUCUGCAAUUUCACUCAAGUCUCGUCUUUCUUCUAGAUUAUUGCAGCUCCCCUCGGUUCGUCGACCCUGCACUUGCAAAUCUAAUUCUUACAAUGUAUCAUCCGUCAAAGGAUCAGUUCCAGUGCUUCAUAGGUCAUUAUUGGGCCAGUUUUCGGCUGAAUUUGGGGGAUCAAUGCAGUGCCCUGGUGCCAAGUUUCUCGCUCAAAUUUGGAAACCAUGCAGGGUAAAAGGUGAAGACCUUGAAGGAACUUUAAGCAGUGAAACUAUCUUGGAUGAGGAAGCCCUGGAGAAGGAACUGCAGACUGCCAUUGAACAAGAAAAUUACGCCAAAGCCGCAAAAAUCAGGGAUAGUCUCCGUUUUCUGCAUGAAGACGGCAAGGCUUCUGUUCUAGCAGCAAAUGCGCGCUUCUACAACUCAUUCAGGCAAGGAGAUCUAUCAGCGAUGCAAGCUUUAUGGGUGAAAGCUGAUCAUGUCUGUUGCGUGCACCCUGGCGUAUCUGGAAUAUCUGGUUAUGAUCUAGUUAUGGGAAGUUGGGAAUUUGUCUGGGCUGAGUAUGAAUUUCCGCUAGAGAUAGAGGUGAAAAACGUCCAAGUCCAUGUAAGAGGUGACGUUGGAUACAUAACAUGUUUAGAAAUAGUUAAGACCAAAGGAAGCAGUUGGGGGAAACAAUUCGCGACAAAUGUCUUUGAGAAAAUUGAUGGUCAGUGGUUUAUGUGUAUUCAUCAUGCAUCUUAUAUAGAUUUGUGAAGUAAUAUGGAUCUUUAGUGAUAAUCAUAAUAGCAACAGAAAAGAAGUUUAUUUUCAUGAAAUGAAUAGAAAUAAAUGGCAAGCUAUUUCUGUAGCAUGCUGUAUUGAAUCUACUUGUAUCUCUA